AUGCCUCCUCGAAAGAAGACCAAGCGCGCACAUUCUACCAGCCCACAAGAUGAUGCGCCGGCCCAAUCGAACGCGAACACCCCAGGAUCAAGCGACAGUGCCGACAAGGCCGAACCAGAGCCCAAACCCGAGUACGAUUUGAUCAGCGACCCCUGGACAGAUGAACAAGAGACAGCACUCCUGAAAGCAAUUAUAAAAUGGAAACCCGUUGGCGUGCAUAAACAUUUUCGCAUGCUCGCGAUCGCGGACUAUUUGAAGAGCCAAGGAUAUGCUCCUUCGUAUGCCGAACAUAUGCGCAUUCCAGGGAUAUGGAAGAAGCUAGGUUCACUGUACAACCUCGAGGCCCUUGACGAGCGGGAGGACUCGGUCAUCACAGAUGGAAACGACGAAGACGAAGAACCGAGUGAAAGAUAUUGGCCCUUUGAGCUUCCAUAUGACGAAUAUGGCGACAUGAUGUUUGAGAGGCGGUUAGCAAUGGAAGGAUCUUCGUCACCUAUAAGCCAACCCGCAGAGUCUCGACGAGGCAGCACCGUCGCAGAUACGGAUGAGCCGCGCUCGUCGCCCGCCCCGUCUCGGGGUCGUAAAUCGAAUCGCAGCACUCGACAGCCGACCCGAGAAACACGUUCAACAAGGUUACAGGUAGAAGUUAGCUCUGGAAGUCAAGGGAAGGCAUCCGACGAGGAGGAGGAUUCUGGUGAGGAGACAGGCGCAAACGAAGAAGGCGACGAAGGCGACGAAGGAUCCGAAGGGGAGAAGGAUAGCGAUGGCGAAGAAGAGGAGAGUGAGAAAGGAGGCUCACGAAGCACACGAGCGCAGGCAUCAAGGUCCAAACAAAAAGAUAACAAGAAGGCCUCCACAAGUACAGCAGCGCGCCGUACUGGACGUCGACGUUGA